GCCGGCCGGGGUUUGCGGCGCUGUCCUCAACUCGCGGCUCCUUUGGCCGGUGGCGCGGCAGCCAUGCAGCCCCCGCCCCCGGGCCCGCUGGGCGACUGCCUGCGGGACUGGGAGGAUCUGCAGCAGGACUUCCAGAGCAUCCAGGAGACCCACCGGCUGUACCGCCUGAAGCUGGAGGAGCUGACCCAGCUGCAGAACAGUUGCACCAGCUCCAUUGCUCGGCAGAAGAAGCAGCUCCAGGAGCUGGCCCUCGUCCUGAAGAAGUUAGGACCCUCCCCUGACCCCCAACCUCACCUUGGGCUGGGUGUGUUGUGUCUAACCUGUGGGGUGGAAGAGCUGGCCCUGACUGGGACCCUGGGCACAGCUUCUCCCCUCCUGGACUUCGUUUGCUCUUCUACCCCAUGGGUGUCAGGUACGACACCUUGGAGCUUGCCUGUUCUGACUCUCUCUGGCCCCAACUGCAGAUGCAAACCCUCACUCUCAUCAGAGGCCAAGGAGGCUGCGCAGGAGCUCGAGAACCAGAUGAAAGAGCGCCAAGGCCUCUUCUUUGACAUGGAGGCUUAUUUGCCCAAGAAGAAUGGGUUGUACCUGAGCUUGGUCCUGGGGAACGUCAAUGUGACACUCCUGAGCAAGCAGGCUAAGUUUGCCUACAAAGACGAAUACGAGAAGUUCAAGCUCUACCUCACCAUCAUCCUCAUCCUCAUCUCCUUCACCUGCCGCUUCCUGCUCAACUCCAGGGUGACAGACGCUGCCUUCAACUUCCUGCUGGUCUGGUAUUACUGCACCCUGACCAUCCGUGAGAGCAUCCUCAUCAACAACGGCUCCCGGAUCAAAGGCUGGUGGGUUUUCCAUCACUACGUGUCCACGUUCCUGUCAGGAGUCAUGCUGACAUGGCCUGAUGGUCUCAUGUACCAGAAGUUCCGGAACCAAUUCCUGUCCUUCUCCAUGUACCAGAGCUUCGUGCAGUUUCUCCAGUAUUACUACCAGAGCGGCUGUCUGUACCGCUUGCGGGCCCUGGGGGAGAGGCACACCAUGGACCUCACUGUGGAGGGCUUCCAGUCCUGGAUGUGGCGAGGCCUCACCUUCCUGCUGCCUUUUCUUUUCUUUGGACAUUUCUGGCAGCUUUUUAAUGCGCUGACGCUGUUUAACCUGGCCCGGGACCCUCAGUGCAAGGAGUGGCAGGUGCUCAUGUGUGGCCUCCCCUUCCUCCUCCUCUUCCUUGGCAAUUUCUUCACCACCCUGCGGGUUGUGCACCAGAAAUUCCACAGCCAGCGGCGCGGGAGCAAGAAAGAAUGAGGCUGGGCCUUCCCCUGCCAGCCCCAAAGGGGCUGCUGUGUUGCACCUGUCAUGGGAGGGGAUGGGAAGUACGUGCGUGUGUAUGUGCAGGCACGCACGUGCAGGAGCAGGGCUGUCUCUUCUCUUCUCCCCGGGGGUUUUGUGGGCUCUGUGGGCCCUGAAGGAAGACCUGGGCCUAUGUCCCAGCGUGUAAGGAGCUGGGGCCAGAGGCUUAAUAAAGGAAGAGAGGCACAGAG